AUGAAGCCGGAGGCCUUCAAUUCUCCUGAACUGCGGCUUCUGUCUCCCUCUUCACUUCUUUUUUUCUUUCUUUUUUUGUUUUGCCUUCUUCCUUCUUCUAGUGAAGCUUUCUCUCUGCAUUCUUCUUCUCAUUUCUCUUUAAACAAUGUACACCCAAAUAAAGGGUUUAAGUUCUCUCCUCUCUUCUUUAGCCCUUUGCAUGCGCAGCAGCAGCAGCGGCCGGCAUUCAUAUUAGAGAGCAGCACGCGCAUGCAUGCAGCAGAAACGCAACCAGUACAAGAAGCAGCAGGACCAGCAGCAUCAGCAGCCCCAGCAGAAGCAGCAGCAGAAGAAUCAGCAGCAGCAGCAAAGCGUUUCGGUGCUGCUCCCCUUGCAGCCGCGGUAUUUGCUGAGGCGGAGCUGGGUGCUGCUGCUGCUGUAGCAGCAGCAGACGCAGCAGCAGCAGCAGCAGAACCAGCAGCACCAGGCCCUGUAGCGCUUAUUGCUGCUCCUCGAGGGUUUUGUGAAGGUGUUAGCAGAGCUGUCGGUACAGUAGAAAAAGCUCUCGAAAUCUACGGGCCUCCGGUGUACGUCAACCAUCAAAUUGUGCACAACGAAUUCGUUUGCAAACAACUCGAA